CUGAGAUACAUGCCAGCACUUUCUUCUCUUUGGUGUCUCGCCUUACAGACUACCUACAUUAACUUUAUUUUCUCCGAGGCAUUGCAAGAUAGCAUAUAAGACUAGGCUACUCUACGAAAGAAUUAUUAUCUGAUUCGAGUCCAGAUACGAGUAACAUACCUGUCAGUUACUGGCAAAAGAUGUGGACAGUUUGUCUCUGCAUUGCAGCUUUAGUGGCUUUAAGCUUCGUGCAUUGGAUUCAUCGAUGGAGUAAUCCUAGAUGCAAUGGAAAUCUCCCUCCUGGUUCAAUGGGAUUGCCUCUACUCGGUGAAAGCCUUGAAUUCUUUGCUUCCAAUUCAUCAUCAGAUAUUCCGCCCUUUGUGAAAGAACGAAUGAAAAGGUAUGAUCAGCUACUUAUUUACAAGUAUUCGUGCCCUUUGUGGUUUCCUCUGACAGAAUUUGUCUGCAGAUAUGGUCCAGUUUUCCGGACCAGUUUAGUAGGACGGCCAGUCAUAGUAUCAACAAACUCGGAUCUGAAUUACUACAUUUUCCAGCAAGAAGGCCGUCUGUUCCAGAGCUGGUAUCCGGAUACCUUCACAGAGAUCUUCGGGAAACAGAACGUUGGCUCUCUGCACGGAUUCAUUUACAAGUACCUCAAGGGUAUGGUACUGAAUUUAUUUGGUCCUGAAAGCCUGAGGAAAAUGCUAACUGAAGUUGAACAGGCGGCAAAUAAGAGCUUAGAUAUGUGGUCGAGGCAGGAAACUGUGGAACUGAAAGAUGCGAGUGCAGCAAUGAUAUUCGACCUGACUGCAAAGAAACUUAUUAGUCAUGAUCCAGAGAAGUCUUCAGAGAAUUUGCGCGAGAACUUUGUAGCUUUUAUAAAAGGACUAAUCUCCUUCCCACUAAACAUUCCUGGAACAGCUUACCACAAGUGUUUACAGGGAAGGAAGAAGGCGAUGACAAUGCUGGAGAACAUGCUAGAAGAAAGACGGAGAAGACCUAACAAGGUCCAAAGGGAUUUCUAUGAUUACGUCCUAGAAGAACUUCAGAGAAAGGAUACUGUCCUUACAGAAGCAGUAGCUCUGGACUUGAUGUUUGUACUACUGUUUGCUAGCUUUGAGACAACUUCGCUGGCUAUAACUUUCGCCAUUAAAAUGCUUGCAGAGAAUCCUCAUGUGUUAAAGGAAUUAACAGAAGAACAUGACGCGAUUCUAAGGAAAAGGGAAGAUUCAGAGCUUGGACUCACAUGGAAAGAAUACAAAUCAAUGAAGUUCACAUUUCAGGUCAUAAAUGAAACAGCAAGACUCGGAAAUAUAGUUCCAGGAAUAUUCAGAAAAGCGUUGAAAGAUAUCAAGUACAAGGAACAUACCAUUCCCGCAGGUUGGGCAGUGAUGGUGUGUCCUCCGGCUGUGCACUUAAACCCUUCCACCUACAAAGAUCCUCUUCAGUUUAAUCCUUGGAGAUGGGAGGAAUCAGAAUUAAAGGGCGCAUCAAAGAAUUUCAUGGCUUUUGGAGGCGGAAUGAGAUUUUGUGUUGGAACCGAUUUCACUAAGGUCCAAAUGGCGGUUUUUCUUCACUGCUUGGUCACUAAGUACAGAUGGGUACUCAUGAAAGGAGGAGACAUUGUCCGAACACCAGGCCUCCAGUUCCCUAACGGUUUACAUAUCCAGAUAUCUGAGAAACAUAAAAUCAGAGCUCGAGGAGGUAGAAAUCAUCCGUCAAGACAAGACGACGAAGAGGCAGACCAUGUCUACUGCUGAAGAACACGAAUAUUUCCACAGAAGCUGCACCUGGAAGUAGCCAGCAGACGAUUCCGAGAAACCAAGCACAUUGGCCAUCCCCGGAAUGAAGCUGAAGCUACUUGCUCACCAAAUUUUGCACUAUUGCAUUUCCCUUGCCCCUACCUAAAGGGGAACGGGAAGGAAAGAGAGGCCUAGAAUAUGCAUCUUAAGGAUCCAUAUUAGGGAAAAAAAACAUCGAUAUAUAACAGAUUCAUUUGUACAGAUAACAAGUCUCCCCUGAUUGCAAACACAAACUCUUGGAAUAAUACACCAUCUAUACAUGUUAAUAUUACACUG